CAUCUCCAAUUAUCCAGCUAACAAUCCAAAACCCCAAAUAUUUGCUUCUGUCACCUUUCGGCAUUGUUUGUUCUCAGCAUUAAAUUAAACACCACUUGAUCUCCCCUUCUGUAGCUCCAGAUACCAAAACAAGCACAAAAUCUCCCUAAGCUAAACCCCCAUCUCCGUGACCUAAACAGAAGCUCCGAUUAACUCCAAUUUCCUUUUCAAUGGCCGCUGGAACAGUGUUAGCCUCCUCUUUGUCACUCACAUUAGCACCCUCUUUUAGAAAAACCUAUCUCAGAAUCUUAUCCCAUCGUGUUCACUCUCCAAUUGAUCGUAACAGGCACCUUGUUUGGAAAAAUUCAAAGCAGCUCUUAUCCAAUCACUGUCCCGGAGAUUUAUCCGUUUCUUUGUUUGUCCCAAGAGAUUCUUCAAAUGGGUUUUUGGAUGGGUCUGACGAGAAAGAAGUUUUGCCCUCUUUUGAGGGGAAGCCGGUGAAGUUUCUCCUCUGGGUUGUGUUCUGGGCUUCUGUGUCUCUUGCUUGGUUUGCUGCGUCUGGGGAUGCUAAAGCUGUUGCUGCUUCUGAUUCCAUUAGAGCAUCCAGCUUUGGGCUCAACAUUGCCGCCGCGUUGCGCCGCUCAGGCUGGCCUGAUGAAGCUGUUGUGUUUGCUCUCGCUACGCUUCCUGUCCUUGAGCUUCGUGGAGCUAUUCCUGUCGGUUACUGGAUGCAACUCAAGCCCACUGUUUUAACAGUCCUAGCUAUUCUGGGCAACAUGGUUCCUGUACCCCUCAUUGUACUUUACCUGAAGAAAUUUGCUUCUUUUCUCUCCCGGAGAAACCAGUCAGCAUCUCGGUUAGUGAACUUGCUAUUUGAGAAGGCCAAAGAGAAGGCUGGCCCUGUGGAAGAGUUUCAGUGGUUGGGGCUGAUGCUUUUUGUGGCUGUUCCAUUCCCUGGAACAGGAGCGUGGACAGGGGCCUUCAUAGCUUCCAUUCUUGAUAUGCCAUUCUGGUCAGCUUUAUCAGCAAAUUUCUGUGGGGUUGUGUUUGCUGGGCUUCUGGUAAACUUGUUGGUUAACCUAGGUCUCAAAUAUGCCAUCAUUACUGGUAUUAUUCUCUUCAUCAUUUCCACCUUUAUGUGGGGUAUACUUAGAAAUGUUAGGAAGGCUUUGAACUCAUCAACCUGACAGUUAACUAUUUACUGCGCCUACUUUUCCAUCUUCAAAGAACCGCAAGCCCUCAAUUUUCAAUCAGAAAUGUCAAGAAGCUUCUCUGCUGUUUUCUGUUACUUUUGCCCAAUCCCUUAGAUUUUGUUUCCUAGUAGUGCAAAGUCCGUCUAAUCUUUUGAAACUUUAGCAAAGUGGUAGCAUUUAUCAGUACUUUCACAACUUUGAACCUUAGGGUUAUGUAUUCUUCCUGCAUUGUUCAGCAGAUAGGGCAGUUACUUGACGCUAUCACACAUACAACAGUCCCGUAGUAAGUGAUUGGUAUCCUGAGUGAUUGGUAUCCUGGGUUUAUGGUCAUGCUUCAUCAAUUUCUAAGGAAUAAGGUGUUUGAUCAUUUCGUAACAUUUGUAUCUUUCUUCAGACUUCGGUAGCUUGGACGAAAAUGAAAAUGUCAUCAAUGAAAUUGCUGAUUAGGUUGUAAUUUGAAAAAUGAAUGAGAAAUUGGAAG